AUGGACGACUGGCAGGAAGCUGCCUUCACGAGGAGACAUGUUCACAACAGUUCCAGAAAAUCGAAAGCAGGCGGUGGGGCGUUCGAAGUCAAAAAGACAUUUGGUAACUACGAAAUCAAGUGCUCAAAUGCGACCAAAACGAGCUCAGAGUUAGGGAAGAGCAAAAGGAAUGCCGCAUCUCCAACAUUGGAUGUUUUUCGUCUGUCCGAAGACGGCAAGGGUUUGCUAGGAUAUUUGACCCUGCCGGGGGUUCUUGAGGCCAGCGUCAUCUUGACAGGAAGCCGAAAAGUCCUUGAACACUUGGUGUCACAGUUCGAGAACGAACAAGGGUCGGAGAUUGAUCUCGAUAACGACGAAAAUAAGGAGUCAUACGAUAGAGGCCAGGACGGAUCUGUCCAUGACAGCACUCAUCAAGCAGAAGACCACUUGGAAUCGGACGACCAGGAAAAUGCAGAUGAGUCAGGUGAUGAACACCAAAAAGACAACGAGUGCAUCCGCUUUCAACAGUUCGAAAAGAACAGUUUUCGCUCCCCCAAGUUUUGGUUUCAGUGGAAGGGACAGGUGACGACGUCCUCAGCAACGCCGGAUGGCCACGCGACCGAAACCCAUAAACUCGACUCUGGAAGGGGCUACAUCGUCUUCUCGGGCAAUGAUUGCCGUUCGUUCAAGGCAACAAUCACAUGCGAUGCAUUGAACUGGAAGGACGUCUCUCUGUCUGGCUGGAAACAGGUUUCUAUGAGUGAAAGGGAUGUUCCCUUUGCCUGGAGCUAG